AUGAGACUCUCGGAUUCUAUCUCGACCGGCUCGGCCGUCACACUCUCUCUGGCAACCCUCGGGCUGCUGGCAGAGAAUGUGCUCGCCCGCCCUUCUCCCGAGCCCAAGGCGUCCUGGGUUCGUAAGGGCCACGGGCGCAAGGCCAUGUCCAACGUGCUGAAGGGCAAGCGCGAUGUCAACCUGCACAGGUUGACGGCCCGCAACGAGACUGCUUCCUGCUCUGGCGCGGGUGCCGUGGAGAUCACGGCCCCCAAGCAGAAUGUGUGGGACCAGCUCGACGAUUCUGAUGCUGCCAGUGUUGUUGCUUGGCUGUUUGCGCAGGAGCAGUUCAACUUGACGGUUUCGGAGGAUGCCGGCCCAUGGGAUAACACAAUUAUCCUUGUGGAGGCCAUUCAGCCCAACAAGACUGAUGCCUUGGCAUAUAUCGACAGCGAGUGCACGGCGGCACCCACCAAGUGGGCCAAGGUUGUGCUCGAUGUGCGAGCCACCGAUGAGCCUUACUAUCAAGAUCUGAUGGUUGGCCCAGUCCCUAUCGACAACGCUACCGUCACCUAUCAGCCUCUUACCUACCCUCUGACCAAGAAGACGGAGGGCAAGGUGCGCAACCUUGCUGCGGAUGACGACGAUGCCCUGUAUACAGACUGGCUGUACCCCAUCAGCGCGUCGAUAUCCGACAUCACCCUGGACCUGUGGAACGGCACUGGUCUGGGCCUGGACAACGACACUCUGGAUAUCUGGGGCAUUGAUCCUCUGUGGCAAGAGGAUGGACGUAUCGUCCGCUGGGAUACCUUCUGGAACUACCCCACCGACGAGUACGACGCCGAGACCCUUCUUCCUCUUGGACUCUUCUUCAAGUCGGAUGUUACCGGCCGUGACCCAAGCCAGUGGAAGCUCGAGGGCUGGCUGUACAACGACAUCUUCUAUGAGACCACCGAGGAGUUCCGUGCCGCCUACUGGAGCGAGGGCUUCGUCAAGAACGGCGCCAACGUCGAAGGUGCUUGGGCCGGAACCGACCAGCAAGGUGAGAUCCUGCCCAUGGACGUCCUCUACCCGCCUGUCUCUGUCGCGCCCGCUGGCAACCGCUUCUCCGUCGACGCCGAGCAAAAGUACGUCGAGUGGAUGGACUUCAGCUUUUACAUUGGCUUCUCUCGUGAUUCUGGCAUCUCGCUGCACGACAUCCGGUACAAGGGCGAGCGGCUCAUCUACGAGCUUGCCCUGAACGAGGCGCUGGCCCACUACGCCGGCAACGACCCCGUCCAGUCUGGCACCGCGUACCUGGACAGCUACUACGGCUUUGGCCCCUACGCCUUCGAGCUGGUUUCUGGCUAUGACUGCCCCAGCUACAGCACGUACCUCAACUCGACCUUCUACGUGUCCGAGACUGUGCACACGCACAUCAACAGCAUCUGCCUGUUCGAGUACGAUGCCGACUUCCCCAUCCAGCGGCACUCCAACAGCGAGUACGUUGCCGUGACCAAGAACACGUACUUCUCUGUGCGCUCCGUGUCGACUGUGGGCAACUACGACUACAUGUUCACCUACACCUUCUUCCUGGACGGCUCCAUUGCCGUCGAGGUGCGUGCCUCGGGCUACAUCCAGUCUGCCUACUUCGCCGCGAACCAGGACUACGGCUAUCAGAUCCACGACUUCCUCUCUGGCUCCAUGCACGACCACGUGCUCAACUUCAAGGCCGACUUCGACAUCCUCGGCACUGCCAACACGGUCCAGCUCAUGACCAACACGCCCGUGACGACCACCUACCCCUGGUCCGGCAACAAGACCCGCAACACCAUGAAGCUCGAGCGCAAGUUCAUCGAGAGCGAGGACGAGGGCCGUAUCAACUGGGACACCAACUCCGUCACCCAGGUCCUUGUCGUCAACCAGGACGAGCUGAACGACUACGGCGAGAUGCGCGGCUACCGCGUGCUGCCCUACACGGGCACUGCCCACCUGACGGUCCAGAACAGCAGCAACCUGGUCAACGCCGCACACUGGGCCGAGUACGAUGUGCAGUUCACCCGUCAGAAGGAUACCGAGCCCAAGUCGGCUCACGCCUACAACAGCCAGGACGUCAAUGAUCCUCCUGUUAACUUUGCCGAGUUCUUUGACGGCGAGAGCCUCGACCAGGAGGAUCUGGUCGUCUGGUUCAACCUGGGCAUGCACCAUGUUCCCCACACUGGUGAUCUGCCCAACACCGUCUUCACCACCGCUCACUCGGGCGUCCAGUUCAUGCCCUCCAACUACUUCAACCUGGACCAAAGUCGCAGCACUGUCAACAUGGUCAAGAUCCAGUACGAGAACGGCACCACUGUCGCUGUCGACACUUUCGGGCAGAAGCAGACCUCGGGCACGUGCGAGAUCGACUACUCGGCUCAGGAGGCGGACUUCUGGGACUACACCGGUGACGUGGUCGUGCGCAAGUUCCCGUAUGAUCCUAAUGACUGGUACUAUGAGACGGACUCGAUUGUCUAG